AUGGGUAAAGAUUCAGAUAGAAAACCAGCAGAUGACGAUUGCAUAUCUUUCUUUAAAAUGUUCGGGACACACGUGUAUCUGACGAACGUUACUGUAGGUGGAAUAUUUUCAACUAGUCCCCAAACCACAUUACAGAAACAUGAUGAUAUAGAGUCGACAAUAGCCCUUGUACGAGAAAUUCACAACAAAGAUAUAUCAGAUCAUUUAAUCAAAGAUACUAAAGCAGAAAGUACAGAAAUUAAAGAAAUGGAAGACAACGGAAAAGAAAAGCCCAUAUUAGAAAAAAAAAUUGAAGCUGCACAUAGAAAACUAGGAGGGCCACAAAAUGCCAACUUCUUUUCGGAGUGGAAAGCCGAGUUAAUAAAAAAUCCAGAUACCUGGACUGUAAGUGACAUGGGCGAAAUUUCGUUCGAGAAAUGCAUUGGAAUUUGGUCUUUGGUGAAAAAGUAUCAUAGAUCAUUUUCCAACGCAGAAGAGUUCUCAUGUUUUUUGGCAGAAAUGUGGAUGAAUCAUGUUGCUCAUGGAAUUCAGUGUUCUGAUCUGUUGAGAUGCUCAUGGCAGACUUUUGUUGAAACAUUGAAGUCCAAACUUUCAACACCUUCAAUCAGCUGCUAUCUGGAAUCACUGAGGGAUUUACUACAGUAUUUAGAACAUAAGGUGGCUCUAGUUGGAAAACCUAUGGUUAUGGAGGCGGUGGAUAUUUUUUCAGAGCCAUGUGUUGUUACUUUAUUCAAAGAAAGUGCAAAAUACAAAACACCAGUAAAUAUUUGCUUUCAAAUUCUUACUACCAAAUUAAACAUUUUACAAAUAGAAAGAAGGGGAUCAUCUUUAGCAUCUGAGCAUUCAUGGAUUGCAUCAGACUAUUUCAUUCCAGGUAUGUUAUCACAGAGAGAAUUGAAUAACGUUGAGGCGUUAUUGGAUAUAUUAGAAUCUGAGCUGUUACCAGGAUUUGAUGCUCUGCAAGCAUACUAUGAUGCUGUUCCCAAAAAAGUACAAUCAUUAACGAAAUGUGAACUCAAAGACACCGUGCAAAAAUUACUCCAGAAGCUGAUAGAUAGAGAGGAAUAUCCAGAAGCUCUGCUUCUUCUUGUCAUUCUCAUAUACAUUGGGUAUCACUUCAAGAAAAAAGAAAUUCUAACAGAUAUCACAUUUGAGCUUCUGGCAGAUUUCAUAUCAUCGGCAAAAGGAGAAAUUUCUCUGGCUAAGAAAUACAAAGAUCGGGAAAGUCAAGAGGCGUGGUUGCUGUUGAGGUUGGUUUUCAAACUAGACACACAAUACCGGAUAUACGAUGCUUCCAUUGUACUUGCAAAUGAGUUGAACAAUUUCCGUUGCUUUCUGAUGGAAAAGAAUUUCAUAUUACAUUCCAAAAUCAAAAAUGCUUUGGAUUCAAAGCACAAAAAAGAUUGCCCACAUGCAGUUAUCCAUUCGUUAGCAAAAAUAUCCAGAUAUCCAUGUGAGAUGUUUGAUGGCGAAACGAUGAGAAAAAUAUCUUCUAAGAAUCCAGAAUUUGUUCCUGAUAUUCCAAGUGAUGAUCCACUAUACCAUAUGAUAGAAAAAUUCGGGAUGGAAGACUUUUUCCCACGUAAACUUUCAACAAAACAUGUUUUGCAGUUGAGUGAUGCCUUGUUCACAACCCGUCCAACGAAACUGAAAGAUAUACCAUGGACUGUAUUCCAGCAUAUCAUAGCCAUGAACUUUAAUUUCAGAGAUACAGUUUUGUCUGGGUUUUUUAAACAAAAACCGAAAUUAAAAAAGAGGCACCCAAUGGAUGUUUUUCUUGCUCUUUGGCAUUGUUGCGAUCCAUUUUUGAAAAAACUCCUCGCAUCAAAAAUCGCCACCUGUCAACUUGCUCUCCCUUUCAUAUAUGAGGAUAUAACAUCCAGAGAUCAACUAACUAUGUCACUUUGGCCAAUUCGUGAUAUUUUCAUUGACGACAGUCCGGAUUCUGUUUUGACCAAAUCUCUAAUGACUGUUGGUUUUAUAAGAGUUGGAGAAUUGAAGUCAAUAUCGAAAUCAAAAAUAAUAAAUAAGAUGAUGAGGGGAGAAAGUAAUGACCACGAUACGUUUUACCACAGAGAUUGUGCCCUGGCGGAAAGUAAACGAUUAAUUUCCAACGGACUUGUUGAAAUUACUUGGUAUGUACCUAAAACAAACAAUGGUGAUGAUGUAGAUUCUACCAAAACAGAAGAAGUGUUGAAAGAAUUUUCUCAACCAAUAUGCAUCUUGAAUAUGCGGGGAGAUGCGAAAGAUUUUAGGACCCAGCUUUCAGCGUUACUCGCACUUUCAGAUGUGGUAGUUGUCAUGUCUGAAUUUGAGAAUUUGAAUGAUGAACAAUCUCUUCAAGUGUUAAAAGAAGUGCAGAGCAGUCCAUCGAUUGCAAUAAUCAUGGCAGACUUCCCAAACAGUGUCGAAAACGAAGAUAUAGAAGAAGAAAGUGACGACGAAGAGGAGAAAAUAGAAGAGGAAAACGAUGAGAGAGAAGAAAGAAAUGACAUGUCAUUAGAAGAGCAUUCUGGAGAAGAUUUACAUCUUUUCUUUGAAGUAAAAACGGGUUUAAAUCAUCAAAGCAGAUUAUUUAUUUCCACUCUGGAUAAUGGAAAGACAUUAAAUCAAAGUGGCCUUAAAGAUCGCCUUACCACACAAAUCAUAUCAGCAGUAAAGCAUAUCAAAUGUCUGCAAAGCCUGGAGGGAAAGACUAUGCUAUUGCCAACAUCCGUUACAGUAGAUGAAGAUAAUGAAAGAUCAAAAUAUGGCUCAAAUUUGAGUGAAAUAGUUUUUGCAGAUGUUGAAUCAGUAAAUAUGAUACAGGGAAAUCAAAUAAAAGACAAAGUACUUCCUUUACAGCGAGAUGAUAUAUGGCACACUUGGUGUUUGAUGCAAAAACGUUGCUUUCGUUCAGGAAAAACGAGUCUUUUUGAAAACGUACAUCAAAAAACUCUGAUGAAGACUCUUAGAUUGUGGCAGGUGAUGUAUGGUCUGGAGACUCAAAAUACAAUUGUAAAAUUUGUAAAUGUUUUGGCAAGCUAUAUUGAUGAUAAAGAAACCAUCACUUAUUUUCUGCACAAUAUGAAAAUCCAGAUGGGCCUUUUAUCCAGACAGGUAAUGCCUAAGCUUACCAACGAUCUCUUUAAAACUUUCAAGAAAUUCGAAACUCUGAGGUCGCAAAGUGACGUCGACAAAAAGAAGUUGGAAACAAUGAAGUCGCAAAUAAAAAGCAAGCAGAAAAUUCUGGCUAAUGCUUCGUUCGGUUUAGAACAUUUUUUCAGAGAAAUGGGACAAUUGUACGAGUCAUUCUUGCAUUGCAUUGAAACAAUGUUUAUUCGAGUAUCGAGUAAAACAAAACUUGUCCUAGAGAAAAUGCCACAAAUUGCUGCAAAACUUCUUGUAUGGGGUCAUCCACUCGAGAUCAUGGACGGAGAUACAGCGUCAGUUCCUGAAAAUUGGAUUAAAGCUGUAUUCAAGGAGAUAGGAUCAAUCAUUGGAGAAAACAAAACGAUGUAUGUAAUUUCAAUUUUAGGAAUCCAAAGUUCUGGUAAAUCAACUCUGCUAAACACAAUGUUUGGUAUGCAAUUUUCUGUUAGUGCUGGAAGAUGUACACGUGGAAUUUAUGCGCAACUUAUCCCCGUAGACAAGGCAAAGUCUAGUCUCAGAUUUGAUUAUGCUUUGAUUCUAGAUACAGAAGGAUUAAGAGCUCCAGAGUCAGCAGGGGAGAAGCAUGUUCAUGAUAACGAGCUUGCAACGCUCGUCAUAGGCCUAGCAGACGUUGCGCUGAUCAAUAUAAAAGGGGAAACUCUAGCUGACAUGCAAGAUGUGCUUGAAAUUGUACUUCAUGCAUUGAUAAGGUUAAAGAAUGCAAAUGAGAAGUUGAAUAUUAAAAAAUCGUGCGUCUUUCUUCAUCAAAAUGUAUCAGCGUCCAAUGCAAAGAUGAACACUUUUACGGGUAGUCAGAAGGUUGAUGCCGUCUUGAAUGAAAUGACAAACAUUAUUGCUAAGCAGGAAAAGAUAGCAAAUAUUACGCAGCUCAACGAUGUUUUGGUAUUUAAUCCCGAUGAAAAUGUCAUCCAUAUACCGGAUUUGUGGCUAGGUAUUCCUCCAAUGGCCCCAGCAAGUCAAGAAUAUAGCAAGAAGGUGGUUCAGGUCGCCAAACGCAUUCUAGUUGACUUAUGUGAAAACAAAAACAGCUUUCUCAAUUGUGAAAACACAAGUCUUCACCUACACAAUCUUUGGAAAGGAAUUCUUUCAGAAGACUUUGUAUUCAGUUUUAAAAAUGUUUUGGAAAUGAAAGCGUUUACAUUGUUGGAAACUGAAUUUCAGAAAAUCAUUUGGACUUUGGAAGCAUUCAAGCUGGAAAAUAUUCAAACUAAAGUAUGUGAGAUAGGCUAUAGCGAAACAUUAAAGGGGCUUCAAAGUACCUUCACAGACAUUGCAUGUCGUUUUCAUAAAAACCUUGAGGAGAAAACCAAACAAUGUAAAAAAGAACUUCAAACGUUUUUUGAAACGUCUGAAUUAAGUGAUUACAUGGUACAUUGGAGAGCACAUAAAACAGAAGAACUCACAUCUAUUUCCAGGAAAAUAGCAACUGAAAUACAUGCAAAAAUGCAAAGAGAAGGAACAAAAUGUGAAGAACUUCUUAAAAGCAAACAGAAGUUGUCAUUAGUUAAAAGAAAAGUGAUUGAUAAGGCAAUGGAAUUUGCAACGACAGACAACAAUGAGAAAGAUCGAAUGAGUGAGACAGAGAUUAGAAGCAAAUUUCGGGAUUUAUGGAAAACAUGGCUUAAGGAACUCGCCCCAGACGUUUCCACGUACAUUAUCCAGUCAAAAAUAACAGAGAUGAAAACAGAAAUCAAACGUGAGAUCAGGAAGAAAUUUUCUAAUCAAAAGGCUUUGUAUGAAAAGAUGUCAGACAUGAAACUUCCAUCAGUAAAAACGCUUAAGGACUGCAUCAAGACAGAAGAUAUGGAUGUCAAAGACAUCGAAGUGACUGUCAUUAAAGAGAAAAGCAGUGUUUAUGGCAACUACAACCCAGAAAAGAAAAGGGAAUAUCUUUCAAAUAAAAAUUAUUUCAAGAAAGCAAAGGAUAUUCUUGAUAUGAUUUUUUCGCAGAUAGAGGAUUUUAUGGAAAAACAGGAUAAACACGUAGAAUUCAAUUCCGCUCAUUUUAUUGAAGUGUUGAAAUAUGUAACGGUUGGUUUUCGUGAUCAUAAUGAUGGAAGUGAUACUCAUGGAUUCAUGAUAACAACAACACUGGAGAUAAAGACAGUAUUGAUGGUAGAGGGGUAUGUCAUCAAGCAAUUUGAGCAGCAUAUAAGAGAUUAUGAAACUGACAAUAGUUUGAGAUCAAAAAUGGCAAAGUAUGAAAAUGAAGUGGAAUCAUUGUUUGUGACUACGUACCUUCAAGCAGCGAAUGAAGAGAUGGCAACAUUGAUCAUAUCUGAACAUCUAAAAAAUGCUCUCAACAACACACUGAUUAAAGACCUAUCUAUAAGAAUUAGGCAGCAAGUAGUCAGUGACUUUGGAUAUAGAAAGGGACCACUGAUAAAAGCAGUACUUACAGAUUUGGCGAAAAAACACAAAUUCAGUGAUUACAUUCUCUACAUUAGAAAUCCAAAAUAUUUCGUGGAGUUAUGGAUAAAAGAAUACACUAGCAUGGUCUUCGAGAGAAAGCACCCAAAUCAGGUUUCGGAAUUGCAGUAUAUGUCUGAACAUGCACCAGACAGACCCAACCUGACAGAAAUCAGUCCCAGAGCAGUCCCACAGCAGUCCCAGUAA